GGAAUUCUUUCCUGAGAAUUAAUCGGAUGUACACGUCUGACCAAUAGAGAUGCAGCAUCUCUCCCUCCGAAGUUAAGUCCGGAAUAUCAACCACCACACUACUCGGACCCCAUAACCCGUCCCACUCUCAUGUUUCCUCCCAGGCAAUUCAUCUUGUGCUCUAACUCUACUGAAACGACUAAAUUCUCGUAUCAUCACAACAUGGCCCUCUUCACCAAAGCAGCAGAGACAAUGGGCGCACUACCACAAAAAUACGAACCCCUCACCGGACAACAAGACGACGAAGCAACACAGCAAGAUUCCCUAGUAUUCAAUUUCCCUCGUGAUCGACGAACGCUCCGGUUGAAGAUUAUCGGGCUGGGGUUCUGUCUUGGGAUCCUCGUCGCUACUUUUCUCAUUCUGAUCGUGGUGGGGCUCAUUUUGAGCAGCGUUGUUACGCAUAUUUAUCCUGCUGCAGAAUCGCAUUGUGCUCCGGGGACGGAAGCCGUUGCGGACUUGGGACAUACGGCUUUUGGUCUACAGAAGACAGGGCCUUUUACUUGUGGGGAAAAUGCUGAUGAAGCUCGUGCUCUUGGUUGCAUAUGGGAUGUCAUGAACUUCGCAUGGGAACACCCAGACUGCUAUGACGCCGAAUUGGUCCAAGAAUUCGAAGCGCUAGGUCCGUGGACCUUCUACCACAGUUCUCGAGCAGACACAGAAGUUCCAGAGUCCAACAUGCUGAGCGUGAUCCCCGACGAUCAAGUGGGAGACCAUCUUGAAUUGAUGUGGACGGACAGGAGGUACCAUUCUAUGCACUGCAUCUUUGCGGCGAAGCUGGUCCAUCGAGCCGUGGAGAGAGGCGGGAAGGUGCAAGGGAAACUCGCAAGUAUCAAUCAUACCAAUCACUGCGCUAUGUCUUUACAAAAUAGGGAUAAAGAGGCGGUGAGAUGGAUGGAACGAUAUCAUACGGUUGUUCCUCUGGAUGCGAUCGUGACGAGGGCGACGGUGCAGUAUCCUACUUGCUAGAAUAUAUGUCAAGGCAGAGUAGUUAUAAAGACAGAUCAAUGGAUGGACGCAAAUUCUCAGAA